AGGCACAAAUCGUCUGUGUAUGGCUGAAAUCCAAUUGCAGUGAGCGUAGAGAAUCCAAUAGGAAAAUAUCAAAAUAUUUUCGCGUUAGCACGGACUUAUUAGCAGUGAAAUGCAGUGAAUUAAUGAAAUAAAAAUUAACCUAUUCAACUGUUGAAACGCAAAUGAUUGAACGCGCUUUUGUGUGGCAGUAAAAUUUGUUUAUGCAAGCAUAAAGUUUUGUGUGUACAGAGAUUAGAAAAUACCAUAUUUGGUCACGCUUAGAAAAUCCAAAAAUUGUGAAAAUAACCUGAGCGGCUGGAAAAGCAGUAGUUACGAUUUUAUUACUGUGUUACAAAUUAUAAACCGGCCAGAAAAAAUGAAAAGUAAUUGAAGUUUGCAAACAAUUUUGGAAACAAAACAAAAAUCGUAAAAGUGCACAUAGUUUGAAAACGAAAUACAUAUUUAUCUGAUAUACAUAUUUUGGCAAAUUGUGUUUUUAUUUUGACGUGUAUUUUAUAUGUGCAUUGUUUGUGUGUGUCAAUUUCUCAACAAUUGAAUUAUCUUUUUUCUUUACGGGAGCGAACGCAGGCGAAAAUUGCUAUACAAAUUUAAAUACCAAAUUUCGCGAAUGUUAAAUGGAACUUGUAGAUUUCCAUAGACAUAACUACAAGAAUAUAUUUGCAUUUGUAGGAAUUUCCUUAUUGGCUACAACUCGUUGGAAACGUUCACAAUUAAUAUAGCUGGUGCCUGUGCAACUAUUUGAACUGUCUCUGCAUUUUGGUGUACGAAAAUUCCUUCAUUCAUUCCGGCAUUUCGGUGUAAACGCCGUCACAGCACCAACUUUAAACGUAUGUACGUGUAUUUUGUUGCCGUGAUCGUGUCGUGGUUGCUCUAUUUCAAGCGUUUGCCAUAUCGCGGUGACUAAUUGACAUUUAAUCGUGCUGCAGUUUUGUUUUGUGGAAAAAUUGUUGCUGCAUUUCGUUUAGCCAAACUAAAAGCUUGCGUUAUCUGCAUUUGCACUCUCGCGGCGUAACAAAUAUAUUUGGUGUUUUCAUAGUUCCUGGAGUGUUUUUAUUGUUAUCAAACACGUUGUGCCCGUCACGUCACAUUCACAAUAAUGGCUGACUUUGAUCUAAAUGUGGAUAGUUUGAUACAGCGGCUACUUGAGCCGUUUAAAAAGCAAAAAGAGGCCGAAGAGCAGGCGCAAAAAAUGCUCGUCGCUCAGCAUAUGCUGCAGCUGCAGAAGGAGCAACAAAAAACCGAUGCACAAUCGCCCGGCGAAGCGGAGGAUCUGCAGGAGCAGGAGCGUCGGCUGCUCGAACAAUUCGCGCUGUCGCCGCCUAGUGAGACGCUCAUCUCGGAGGAGGGCGAUCAAAUAACGGUACAUCAUCCGCGUGAAGAGCCCAAGAAGUCGAAAUUGAAAUUGCGUGAUUUUUUCGUGGCCGAAUUUGUGCGCAGCUGCCGUGCCGGCAAAUCCGUACAGAUGUCCGAAGCCGAAGUACGCGGCCUUUGCUUGAAGUCACGUGAAAUUUUUCUACAACAACCCAUACUGCUGGAACUCGAAGCACCGCUGAUCAUAUGCGGCGACAUACACGGUCAAUAUACAGAUUUAUUGCGUCUCUUCGAAUAUGGUGGCUUUCCGCCAGCCGCCAAUUAUCUAUUCCUUGGCGAUUAUGUGGAUCGGGGUAAACAAUCGUUGGAGACCAUCUGCCUGCUUUUGGCGUAUAAAAUCAAAUAUCCCGAGAAUUUCUUCUUGCUGCGCGGCAAUCACGAGUGCGCCAGUAUUAAUAGAAUCUAUGGCUUUUACGACGAGUGCAAACGCCGCUACAAUGUGAAAUUGUGGAAAACCUUCACAGACUGCUUCAAUUGCCUACCUGUUGCCGCUAUUAUUGAUGAGAAGAUCUUCUGUUGUCAUGGUGGUCUGAGUCCCGAUUUGCAGGGCAUGGAACAGAUACGUCGCCUUAUGCGUCCAACUGAUGUACCCGAUACCGGCCUUUUGUGCGAUUUGCUGUGGAGUGAUCCGGACAAGGAUGUACAGGGUUGGGGCGAGAAUGAUCGUGGUGUGAGCUUCACAUUCGGUGUGGAUGUGGUGUCGAAGUUCUUGCAUCGGCACGAGCUGGAUCUCAUUUGUCGAGCGCAUCAAGUCGUUGAAGACGGCUAUGAAUUCUUUGCGCGCCGCCAACUGGUUACGCUCUUCUCAGCGCCAAAUUACUGUGGCGAAUUCGACAAUGCAGGCGGCAUGAUGACUGUGGAUGAUACGUUAAUGUGCUCGUUCCAGAUUCUCAAACCGUCGGAGAAGAAGGCGAAAUACUUGUACAGCGGCAUGAAUUCGUCGCGACCCAAUACACCACAACGCAAUGCACCGCUAAUAGCAUCGAAUAAAAAGGGCAAAUAAUAUAUCCAUCCACUUCCAUUUCCUUAAAAAUUAAUUAAUUACUAUAUUAAAUUAAAAUUCGAGAAUAUUAAUGAGAAUGCAAAUAAACAACAACAACAACAAAAUAAACAAAACUAUAAAAAGAAAAAGCAAACGAAGCGCGCUAGCAGCAAGUAAGGGCGAUAAAAUUUAAAAUGAAAAUUAAAAAAAAAACCAAAAAAAACAACAAAAAAUAUACAAAAAAAUAUAAAAAAUGAAGGAGUUAAACCAUGAGAUAUCAGCAAUUACAGCAACAAUAAUGCAAAAACAAUACACAGGUUACAAAGAAAAUGUGCAACAUAAUCUAGAAGAAACAACAAAAACAAAAAAAAAAACAAAACGAAAACAAAUAUAAAGCAACA